AUGCAGAAGAGAUAAUUAAUAGAGGAUUUUGCAGAAUCAAAGUAUUUUGACAAUGAUGAUGAGAAGUUGACAAAUGAAUAAGUGAGGAAAAGAGAAUUAGAAAAGUAAAGAAAUGAAGAAGAAUAAGAUGAUGAAUUAGAUCCAUUAGACUUUUAUAUGCAAGACAUAUAGAAAUAAUAUUAGUAGGAAUUGGCUGAACCAAAAAAGGUGAAGAAGUUUGAAGUAGAAUAAUUUGAAAAUGAAGAUCCAAUCUUAACAUAAUAUGAGUAAAUCAAAUAAACUAAAUUGAUAUUAUAAAGUAAUUGUUGCAAUAGUUAUAAGAUAAGAGAAAUAGAAAUAAUAGAAUGGAGAAAGUGAGGAUUCUAUGCCUAGUGAUAUUGAAGUAGAUGAAAUAGAAGAAGCAGAGAAGAAGAAGAAGAAUAUUGAACCAUUAUAAGCAAUUGAUCAUUCUUAAAUUUAAUAUGAGGAAUUUGAGACAAACUUUUAUUAAGAACAUGAGGAGAUAGCAAAUUUGAAUAUAGGAUAAGUGGAGAAAAUAAAACGAGAAUAUUAGAUUCAUGUAAAAGGUAAUGAAGUACCUAAGCCUAUAAUAUCAUUUGGUCAUCUUUAAUUGGAUUAAAAGUUGGUGAAUAAAAUAGUAGCAUAGAAAUUUGAGAAACCAACAGCAAUAUAAAGUUAGGCAUUACCAUGUGUAUUAUCAGGAAGGAAUGUAAUAGGAGUAGCAAAAACAGGAUCAGGUAAAACAAUUGCUUAUGUUUGGCCAAUGCUUGUUCAUGUAAGUGCAUAGAGGGCAGUAGAAAAAAAAGAAGGACCUAUAGGAUUAAUAAUGGUACCUACAAGAGAGUUAGGAUAACAAGUAUUCUUAGAAACUAAGAAAUAUGCUUAAUUAUUUAAUAUAAGUGUUUGUGCAUUGUUAGGAGGAGAAAAUAAACAUCAUUAAUGGAAAGAAUUAAGAGCAGGAGUAGAUAUUAUAGUAGCUACACCAGGAAGGUUGAUUGAAAUGGUUAAAAAGAAGGCUACAAAUAUGUAAAGAUGUACAUAUGUUGUAUUGGAUGAAGCUGAUCAAAUGUUCAGUCUUGGUUUUGAAUAUUAGAUUAGAUCUAUUAUCAAUUAAAUAAGACCUGAUAAAUAAAUCUUAUUAUUUACGGCCACUAUGAAAAAGAAGAUAAGAUAGUUGUGUGUAGAUAUGUUAGUUGAUCCUAUUGUGAUUACUAUUGGAGAAAAUGAAAAUUAAGUAAAUGAAGAUAUCAAAUAAUUACCUAUCAUUGUUGAAGAUGAUGAAGCAAAAUUAAAAUGGUUACUCUUGAAUUUAAAAACUUAUUUAAAUAAUGGGAAAGUAUUGAUCUUUGCUAAUUAAAUGGGAUAAUGUGAAGGAUUAUUAGCAGAAAUUAAAUCUAAAUUAGGAUUGUCAGCACUUACUCUUUAUGGUGAUAAAAUGUAAUAUGAGAGAACCUUAAUUAUUAACUAGUUUAAAUAGAAUGUUAAUUUAUUAAUAGCAACAGAUAUUGCUUCAAGAGGAUUAGAUAUAAAAGAAAUAAGAACUGUAAUUAAUUAUUAUCCACCUAAAGAUGCAGAUACUUAUAUUCAUAGAAUUGGAAGAACAGGAAGAGCUGGAAAUUGUGAUGGUGUUGCUUUUUCAUUAGUACAAAAGUAAGAUUGGAAAUUUGCUAUUAUGUUAAUUAGAAGUAUUGAAUUAGCAGGUUAAAUUGUACCUCCAGAAUUAGAAGAUAUAGCUAGUCUUGAUGAUCAUUUUAAAAUGGAUAGAAUGAAAAAGAAGAUGGGUUUUGAUUAUGCCAGAGGUAAAGAUGCUAGCAAAAUUCUACAUCAGGCUCUUAAAAGAUAAAGCAACACAAAAGCUGGAUUAGGAUUUGAUGAACUAGAACCUAAAAAAUAAAAAAAAAUAACUAAGCAAUUAUAAGAUAAUCCUGAAAAUCCAGUUAAAGUACUCCCUGUUGUUACUUUAGCUGAACCNUUUGGUCAUCUUUAAUUGGAUUAAAAGUUGGUGAAUAAAAUAGUAGCAUAGAAAUUUGAGAAACCAACAGCAAUAUAAAGUUAGGCAUUACCAUGUGUAUUAUCAGGAAGGAAUGUAAUAGGAGUAGCAAAAACAGGAUCAGGUAAAACAAUUGCUUAUGUUUGGCCAAUGCUUGUUCAUGUAAGUGCAUAGAGGGCAGUAGAAAAAAAAGAAGGACCUAUAGGAUUAAUAAUGGUACCUACAAGAGAGUUAGGAUAACAAGUAUUCUUAGAAACUAAGAAAUAUGCUUAAUUAUUUAAUAUAAGUGUUUGUGCAUUGUUAGGAGGAGAAAAUAAACAUCAUUAAUGGAAAGAAUUAAGAGCAGGAGUAGAUAUUAUAGUAGCUACACCAGGAAGGUUGAUUGAAAUGGUUAAAAAGAAGGCUACAAAUAUGUAAAGAUGUACAUAUGUUGUAUUGGAUGAAGCUGAUCAAAUGUUCAGUCUUGGUUUUGAAUAUUAGAUUAGAUCUAUUAUCAAUUAAAUAAGACCUGAUAAAUAAAUCUUAUUAUUUACGGCCACUAUGAAAAAGAAGAUAAGAUAGUUGUGUGUAGAUAUGUUAGUUGAUCCUAUUGUGAUUACUAUUGGAGAAAAUGAAAAUUAAGUAAAUGAAGAUAUCAAAUAAUUACCUAUCAUUGUUGAAGAUGAUGAAGCAAAAUUAAAAUGGUUACUCUUGAAUUUAAAAACUUAUUUAAAUAAUGGGAAAGUAUUGAUCUUUGCUAAUUAAAUGGGAUAAUGUGAAGGAUUAUUAGCAGAAAUUAAAUCUAAAUUAGGAUUGUCAGCACUUACUCUUUAUGGUGAUAAAAUGUAAUAUGAGAGAACCUUAAUUAUUAACUAGUUUAAAUAGAAUGUUAAUUUAUUAAUAGCAACAGAUAUUGCUUCAAGAGGAUUAGAUAUAAAAGAAAUAAGAACUGUAAUUAAUUAUUAUCCACCUAAAGAUGCAGAUACUUAUAUUCAUAGAAUUGGAAGAACAGGAAGAGCUGGAAAUUGUGAUGGUGUUGCUUUUUCAUUAGUACAAAAGUAAGAUUGGAAAUUUGCUAUUAUGUUAAUUAGAAGUAUUGAAUUAGCAGGUUAAAUUGUACCUCCAGAAUUAGAAGAUAUAGCUAGUCUUGAUGAUCAUUUUAAAAUGGAUAGAAUGAAAAAGAAGAUGGGUUUUGAUUAUGCCAGAGGUAAAGAUGCUAGCAAAAUUCUACAUCAGGCUCUUAAAAGAUAAAGCAACACAAAAGCUGGAUUAGGAUUUGAUGAACUAGAACCUAAAAAAUAAAAAAAAAUAACUAAGCAAUUAUAAGAUAAUCCUGAAAAUCCAGUUAAAGUACUCCCUGUUGUUACUUUAGCUGAACCUACUAAAUCUAUUGGAUAAUUUAAAAAUAAAUGGUAGGAUUUUAAUCCAUAUGAAAACUAUGAUAAUUAUGCUGCUACUUUAGCUGUUCCUGGACAUAUGGAAAGAGAUUAAAUUAUUUAACAUUAUCAGGAAUAAAUGAGAGAUUAAUUCAGAGCUGGAUUUAAAUCUGGAGGUGUAGCCUAAACAACAAAUAAGAAACCUGUUGUUAAAUUUAUUAAUGAUAAAAAUAAUACUAGUUAGAAGAAAUCAUGA